GGACUCGUAAUCCUAAACCUAGUAGAAUAGAGGUGUUCGGGCGCAGUUGCAAAACCCUUGAUAUAUCUCUGGGUUGUUGUUGUUGCCGCAAAAUCCAGAGAGAGAGAGAUGGCUGAGCAUGACCUAACCCCGCGCAUCGCGCCCAACCUCGACAGGCACCUGGUGUUCCCUCUGAUGGAGUUUCUUCAGGAGAGGCAGCUGUACCCGGACGAGCAGAUCCUCAAGUCCAAGAUCGAGCUCCUCAACAAGACCAACAUGGUCGACUACGCCAUGGACAUCCACAAGUCCCUCUAUCACACCGAAGAUGUCCCCCCGGAGAUGGUCGAGAUGAGGGCCGAGGUGGUCGCUCGCCUCAAGGCUCUCGAGGAGUCCGCGGCGCCCCUUGUCAACUUCUUGCAGAACGCCGCCGCCGUUCAGGAGCUCAGGUCUGACAAGCAGUACAAUCUCCAGAUGCUCAAUGACCGUUACCAGAUUGGUCCGCAGCAGAUAGAGGCGCUGUAUCAGUAUGCAAAGUUUCAGUUUGAAUGUGGUAACUACUCUGGCGCUGCUGAUUAUCUGUAUCAGUACAGGGCUUUAUGCACCAACAGCGAGAGGAGUCUCAGUGCAUUGUGGGGAAAGCUGGCCGCUGAGAUUUUGAUGCAAAACUGGGAUAUUGCUCUUGAAGAGCUUAACCGCCUGAAAGAAAUUAUUGAUUCAAAGAAUUUCAGUUCACCUAUGAAUCAGGUGCAAAGCAGAAUAUGGUUGAUGCACUGGAGUCUCUUCAUAUUUUUUAACCAUGACAAUGGAAGAACUCAAAUCAUUGAACUGUUUAAUCAGGACAAGUAUCUGAAUGCUAUCCAAACCAAUGCUCCCCAUCUCAUUCGUUACUUGGCCACUGCAUUCAUUGUCAAUAAGAGAAGGAGACCUCAAUUCAAGGAUUUUAUAAAGGUUAUUCAGCAGGAGCAGCAUUCUUACAAAGACCCUAUCACUGAGUUUUUGACAUGUGUUUAUGUAAAUUAUGACUUUGAUGGAGCACAAAAGAAGAUGUGGGAGUGUCAGGAAGUGAUAUUGAAUGAUCCCUUCCUUGGAAAGCGAGUUGAAGAAGGCAAUUUCACCACUGUGCCAUUGAGGGAUGAAUUCCUUGAAAAUGCUCGUCUUUUUAUCUUUGAGACUUAUUGCCGCAUACAUCAGCGCAUUGACAUGGGAGUGCUUGCUGAAAAAUUGAAUUUGAAUUAUGAGGAGGCUGAGAGAUGGAUUGUGAAUCUUAUUCGGAGCUCAAAGCUUGAUGCAAAGAUCGACUCACAGUCAGGAACUGUUAUCAUGGAACCUAACCAUCCAAAUGUGUAUGAGCAACUGAUAGACCACACUAAGGCAUUAUCUGGGCGUACUUACAAGUUAGUUGGUCAGAUUAGGGAACAUGCAAGUGGAAAGGUCUAGACUGAGAUUUGAAUUAGUUUUUCACAGGUUGCGCGAUAAGUUUGGUGGCCAAUUUCCUCAUUUAUUUCACUGUCAUUUUCCAGGUCUAGACUGAGAUUUGAAUUAGUAGAAUUUUUGUUGACUUGUAAGUGGAAAGGGUUAAAAAGUUUCAGUAACAUGAGGUUUAUCGGAUCAAACUGUAAUUUACUUUCUGACUUGCUUUGCUGGUCUCUACUUUUGGAGCUAUUGCGUAUGGAAAGUUUUUUUUUUCUA